UGUCCGACGGACUGUUGACUAUCGAGCUGUUCCUAAUGUGACAUUUAGGAAACAUUUACUUACGGGAAGAAACAUUGUUUAAAUGAAAAUGUGACACUUGGAAGAACAGGAAGCUUAGUACCGAACGAUUUUUUUGCUGUGGAAUUAUUGACCAACCUACUAUCUUUGCUAUUAGCAGUAGGCUACUUUGUAGAAAUGCUAAAUAACAGCGUAACAUAGUUGUUAAAAGCGACAACCUUUCUUUGCUCCAGCUGCUUAAACCUGCAGAGAACUUGGUUGUUACCAUUUGAGCUGCCAUGGCCAUGGAGGGGAAACCUGCUUCCGGAAAAGCGAAUGUACUUCGUCUCCUGAUAUAUUUGGGGCUCAAUCCUGCAGCUGUGGCUUAUGCCAUGACUACACUGGGGUCUGGCAUGAUAAACAACAUAUUCAGCUUCUACUAUGUCAAACUCUUUCUCAAUAAGUACAAGAUAUCAGAGGGAGCAUUCCACCAAUCACAAGUGGUGUACAUGGUGUGGAAUGCGAUCAACGACCCUCUGUUUGGAUACCUGCAAGAUAACUCCAGGGUGCCGUGCUGCUCUCAGCGACGUCUCUCCAUCCUGUACGGGGCUCCCCUCUACUCACUGGCUUUUCUUCUAGCCUGGUUCCCAUGGCAGACGUACGCCCCCGGGGACUGGCUGAGCGGCGUGCACUUGACAGUGUCGCUGUGUGCUUUUGACGCCAUGCUGACUUUUGUGCUGCUGGCACAAUGUGCGUUGUUUGCAGAGAUUUCGGGGCACCAUCAGAGCCGAAUAAGACUUGUGAAGUACAACCAGGUGGCUUCUCUCAUUGGUUCCUCAAGUGUCCUCUUCUGUGGUGUUCUUUCCAAAAACAUGGAGGACUUUGCAUCCUUCCAAGCCUUCUCAGUUCUGAUCGCUAUCCUGAGCUGUGGCUGCAUGCUCUACACAGGCUUCAACAGCGAGAGCCGCUUCGACCAAGUAUCAGAUUCAGGGGGAUCUGCUGACCAGACUUCCCAUCAAUCCGCAGUUUCCUUCUCCAUGUUGAAAUCUUUGACAUGGCAAAUUCUGAGCAACAGGGACUUCCAGAUUUUUGUGUUCAUGAACUUCUUUCAGGUGUUCGUGUUAGCUUUCUUUAAUAACUUUACCAUGAUCUUUACUGAGCACCUGAUCCCUCCAGAUGUGCUUCCAUCACUUGCCAAGAGCAUCAUGUACGGAGCGGGAUUCAUGUGUCCACAGCUGUUAGUAUUAAGCUGUCAGAGUCUGCUCCACAGCCUCGGCUACUACAGGAUCAUCCUCUACACCUUCUACAUGCAAUCUGGAAUGUCGGCUAUCAUGCUCGCACUCGGUCCUCAGCACUAUUACAUCCUGGCAUUUUUCCUCACUGUUAAUAUGGUCAUAAUCCAAGCAGCCUUCAGUCUCUUUGGCUUACCUUUGGCUGACAUCAUUGACAAAGACAUGCAGAAGUACAAGCGCAGUUCCCCUCUCUCCUCCAUGGUGUUUGGGACGAACGCUCUGUUCACUAAGCCGGCUCAGUCUCUAGCCCCAAUGAUCGUGCUGACUAUCCUCAACCAGUUUGGAUAUGAACAGCUGAAGGAAGCAGAAACGGGUUCAAAUCCAAGUGCCUGGGGGAGCCUCCGGAACGUCAUGUUCUACUUGGUGUGUCUGGUGCCCCUGUGUGUCGCUGCGCUGCAAGUCCUUUCCUGGAGGCUGUUUUCCAUCCGCAGCAGUCACACGGUGGACACAAAGUACCUCGAUAAUUAACUUCAAUAUCUAAGACGGUUGAUCUUUCACCAGCUGGAAUUUGGGGAACAUCUUUUUUUGUGCUAUGUGAUAAUGAGAUUAUAUUUGAGAGAAUUCAGGUUUUUACUGAACAUGUACUAAAUUCACCACUGUAAAGCAUCAGUGGUGUAAAAGCACCUGUUUGCUGACAGGUGACACCAAGGAGAUACACUGUAAAUAAUAAUUAUAUUUGAAGAAGUGAAAAUAUAACCUUUCAAACACUUUCUGGAUAACUUGACCAAACAUUGUAGAAUUGUAAUGCUAAUCAGAAAGUCAUUAAAGGAAAAGAGAGACAUACUGUACUGGCAGGGGAAAUAAGAAUUAUAUUUCUUCCUUUUAAUGAUAAUAGUAAUUGUCCAAAUCUUUUUUUUACUUUAUUCUAGCAAUCCAAGACGUACACUGUUCCAAAUACAAAAUAAAAACACAUGUCAUGCAAAUACUACAAACAAAUAUAACAUAAGACAUAACACAUAAGUAGCUGCAGUGCAGUCGACACCAUCUUCUUUGCUGUAAACAUGGGCAAUUUUUAUUUCACUCGUUAUUAUAGUCCAACAAGAAACAAUUGGAAUUGGAUUCCCGCACCAAAAGCAAAGCAAGGGUUUUUGUGCCUUCUAAUUAUCUUCACUAUAUAAUCAGUACUUAUACUCAGUAAAAAAAAUGUGAUGUAAUCACAGCAUGGCUCAUACCUUUGAGCUUAAAGAGAUAGAAGGCAUGAUGUGUUUUAUGUUUAUUUAGGAUCCCCAUUAGCUUUUGCUCUUGACAAAAGCUACUCUUCCUGGGGUGCGACACUUAAAACAAUACAACAAUAAUACAACAAUAAUACAAUAACAACAUUCAAGACAUAAGUCCUGACAUCAUUAACAACGUUAACAACAUCACCAAUAUCAUCAACAAUCUCCAACAUCAUCAACAAUCUCAUCCACUUUCAAUAUCAGCCAAGGAUGAGUGCACAAGACACCCACCAGUACAAGGCAUGAGAUACAAUUAAAUGAGGGUUCACAGUUCACAAGGGUACUUGGUCAUUAGUAGAUGGCCCUUCAAUCUCUUCUUGAAAGAGGCUCUGGACUCUAUUUCAGCAAGGUAGUUCGGCAAUGAGUUCCAUUCCUUGAUUGCUCUAUAAGUCACAGAAGAUUUCAUAAGAUUUGUCCUGGGUUUAGGUGCCAGUAGAUGGCCUGAUGUAGCUUGUCUAGUCUUAUGGUCAUGCUCGUCUCUUGUGUAAACUAUUUGAUCAUAAAAAUACAAUGGUUUUUUGCUAAAUUGGAUUUUUUUUUUAAAAGUGAUAACACGAGAUUGCAGACGUUUCUCAACCGGAAGCCAUGAUAGGUUUCUAUGCAUAACUCCAAUAUGAGUGCGCUUCGAACAGUGGAGAGCUAGUCUGGCAGCCUUGUUUUGAGCUAUUUGUCAUUUCUGUAUAUGUGUGAUUGUUGUAUAAGUUAAAGAGUGCAUAUCACAGCUUUGAAUGUAUAACAUUGUGUAUGUAAACAUCCAACUUGACUUUAUGAAGUAGUUUCUAAUGUUAACUGGCAGAAACGUUUCUAUGGGCAUUUGCAGGAAAUAAAUAUAAGGUAUUGUACCGAAUAUGAUGAAGCACAAACAUAUCAGAUUUUAAAAUGAUUGCAUAUUAGAGGUUUUUGUAAUUUAAACGUCUUUUUUUUUUUUAGCAAAUACUAAACAAUACAAAACGUUUGCCUUGUUAAUGCAACAUUGUCUAUACUGACAAUAUUGCAUUCCUUGUAUUGCCAAGGACUGUAUGCAAGUCAUCGGCAAUGUUCCCUUUAUGUCAUUACAUUUUUGAAUGAGCAAUCUUGUAAAAACUUUUUUCCCAGAAUGUUGAAACUAGUUUGUUUUUACCUUAAUUGUUGAAAAAGGGAAAUUACAUUGUCUUCUUGCAGACUUGUUGCACAGUUCAGAUUUUUACUUUCAUUAGUGAACGAUGUGGUAGUUGUUUCCUGAAAAUGUGACACUUUCUAUUCUCUGUUUCUGAAAAUGCAAUUCACUAUUUAUUUUUCUAUCAAACAACUUGUAUGGAAGAAAUUAAAUUGAUGAACUAAAAA